CUUUCUCUAGUCGACCUGUCCUGCCCCGUUGCUUAACACGGGGAGCGUGAGGUCGAGGGCGCUUGGGAGCCCACGGAACGAGAUCGUGUGUCUUGGCGCCGCAGAACCAUAUCAAAAUCUUGAUCACCAACGAGAUGAGGUUUGAGGUCUCUGCCCAAAGGGAGCUAUGAGUGAUUGCACUGGAGGAAAAAGUUUGUAUCCCUCUGUUGUGUGAGCAUGAGGUGUCCCUCUCAUCUGGGAUGCAGGCACUGAGGUCCCACGGCUCGAGGCAAGGAAGAUGCUCCAAACCAGCAACUAUAGCCUGGUGCUUUCCUUGCAGUUCCUACUGCUGUUCUAUGACCUCUUUGUCAACUCCUUCUCGGAGCUGCUGCGCAUGGCGCCCGUCAUCCAGCUUGUGCUUUUCAUCAUUCAGGAUAUUGCCAUCCUCUUCAAUGUCAUCAUCAUCUUCCUCAUGUUCUUCAAUACCUUCGUCUUCCAGGCUGGCCUGGUUAAUCUUCUGUUCCAGAAAUUUAAAGGGACCAUUGUCCUGUCAGCAACAUACCUUGCUUUGAGCAUAUCCUUCCACAUCUGGGUCAUGAACCUCCGCUGGAAAAAUUCCAACUAUUUUGUGUGGACAGAUGGGCUGCAGACUCUUUUUGUUUUCCAGAGAAUGGUGGCUGUGCUGUACUACUACUUCUAUAAGAGGACGGCUGUGCAUUUGGGAGAUCCCCGUUUCUAUCAGGACUCUCUUUGGCUACGGAAAGAGUUUGCACAAGCGCACAGUUGACAGCUGCUUCUGGAUCAUUUGGAGCAGAGGCCAGCUUGCUAGAAUGCCCACAGAGAUUUUACCAAUAUCUUGCAGCAAGUUCCCCUCCUCCCACUACAAUUUGUCUCCUACAGUCAAGUUCUAAAUCUCAUGUGGUCAAAUGACUUCACCCCUUUCCUACAUACGUGCACAUUAGGCUACCAUAAAUGAAACUGCUCUUUUUUGGAUACCCUGCUUGCUACUAUAUGCCUCUCAGUCUCCAAGCACUCCACAAUCCUCCUUUCAGUUCAGCAAACUGCACUCUGGAUUUGGCUGCAGCCUUACUGAGGAAUGAUUUGAAGUGCCAAACAGAUUUGGCUGAGAACUCCCACUGAGUAGCAAUACUGCAUUUUCCCCCUUGAGAAUAUUUCCUUGCCCUAAGCUCCCCUGUGACAGAAAAGGAUUCCUGCCUUCACUAGUACCUCUGACAGUGUGACAAGGCAUAAAGACUAUGGUUUGGCUUUGCAGUAUUCAGCCUGAGCAAAUGUACUCCCAUUGACUUGUUAGAUUCCCCUUUUGUACUUUCAUUUUUAUAAAUGGUGAGAAAAUAAAUCGGCUCUUUUUCAGAAACCA